AUGCACGCCGCAACGCUCCUCGCUCUCCUCCCCCUCGCCGCCGUCGCCGCCCCCUCUCGACGCGCCCAGCCCGCGCCGCUCAUCAAGCCGCGCGGCGCCACCCUCGUCGCGGACAAGUACAUCGUCCGGCUCCGGAACGACGCCGGCACGGGCGCGAUGCGGACCGCCAUGGCCGCCUUCGCCGCCGACGCCGACCAUGUCUACAGCUUCGGAGGCGCCUGGCGCGGUUUCUCGUCGACCCUCAACGCCUCCGAGGUCGCCGCGCUGCGGGACGACCCGAACAUCGACUCGGUCGAGCAGGACGCCGUCGUCACCAUCAGCGCAACGCAGAGGAACGCGCCCUGGGGCCUUGCGAGGCUGUCGAGCGCGAAGCCCGGGUCGACGACGUACAGCUACGACGAGAGCGCGGGAGAUGGUACGUGUGCGUACAUUGUCGACACCGGCAUCGACGUCGAGCACCCUGACUUUGAGGGCCGCGCCAGCUUCCUCGCCAACUUCGCCGACAACUCGGACACGGACGGCCAGGGCCACGGCACCCACGUCGCCGGCACCGUCGGCUCCGCGACCUACGGCGUGGCCAAGAAGACGAAGCUCUUCGCCGUCAAGGUGCUCGACGACAACGGCGAGGGCACCAACUCGGGCGUCAUCGCCGGCAUGGACUUCGUCGUGUCCGACGCCCGUGGGGGCCGGCAAGGGUGUUCUAGGGGUGUCGUCGUCAACAUGUCGCUCGGCGGGCCGACGUCGGCGGCGGUGAACGAGGCGGCCGCCGCCAUCGUCCGGGCGGGACACUUCCUGGCCGUCGCGGCGGGCAACGAGGCCGCGGACGCGUCGACGUCGUCGCCCGCGAGCGAGGCGAGCGCGUGCACCGUCGGCGCGACGGCCGAGGACGAUUCCCUGGCCGAGUACUCCAACUUCGGGGCUGUCGUGGACAUCCUGGCGCCCGGGUCCGAGAUCGAGAGCACCUGGCCCGGUGGCAGCACUGACACCAUCUCCGGCACCUCCAUGGCCAGCCCGCACGUUGCCGGUCUGGCGGCUUACUUCCUCGGCCUCGGCUCCGCGCCUUCGGACCCGGUUGAGCUAUGCAGCUACAUCGCCGAGACGGCUCUCGACGGCGUCGUCGGCCAGGUCCCGCGCCGCACUGUCAACAAGCUGGCCAACAACGGCUUUGCCGGGAACGGCACCGCCAAGGCGACGGACGGAUCGGUUGUUGGCAGACAGCUUAACGCGAGGUUCGCUGUUCGCUCCUAG